AUGGCUGAGAUCAAGACCGUAGAAUUCAAGCCUUUCCAGGACCAGAAGCCCGGCACGUCGGGUCUUCGCAAGAAGGUCACAGUCUUCCAGCAGCCGAACUAUAGCGAGGCCUUUGUGGCAAGCAUUCUGCUUUCGAUUCCCGAGGGUGUUAAGGACUCCUUCCUUGUCAUUGGAGGCGAUGGUCGAUACUGGAACCCCGAGGUCGUCCAGCUGAUUGCCAAGAUUGGCGCUGCAUAUGGCGUCAAGAAACUUCUCGUCGGCCAGAAUGGCAUUCUCUCGACCCCGGCCGCUUCGCAUGUCAUCCGUCUUCGCAAAGCCACUGGUGGUAUCCUGCUGACCGCCAGCCACAACCCUGGAGGCCCCAAGGAAGACUUUGGCAUCAAGUACAACCUGGCCAACGGUGGUCCCGCCCCCGAGUCGGUCACCAGCAAGAUCUACGAAACCUCCAAGACCCUCACUUCGUACAAGAUCGCCUCUAUCCCCGAGAUCGACAUCUCCACCAUUGGUACUCAAACCUACGGUGAUCUCGAGGUCGAAAUCAUCGACAGCACCGCCGAUUACAUUGAUAUGCUCAAGGAUAUUUUCGACUUCGACCUGAUCAAGAAGUUCUUUUCCACUCACCCCGACUUCAAGGUCCUCUUCGAUGGUCUGCACGGCGUGACUGGCCCUUACGGCAAAGCCAUCUUUGACAAGGAGCUCGGACUCACUGGAGCUACCCAGAACUGCGAGCCCAGCCCCGACUUCAACGGCGGCCACCCCGAUCCCAACCUCGUCUACGCUCACUCGCUUGUCGAGGUCGUGGACAAGAACAACAUCCCCUUCGGUGCUGCUUCGGAUGGCGAUGGCGACCGCAACAUGAUUUACGGCGCCAAUGCCUUUGUCUCGCCCGGUGAUUCACUGGCGAUCAUUGCCCACUACGCCCACCUGAUCCCCUAUUUCAAGAAGAAUGGUGUCAACGGUCUUGCGCGUUCUAUGCCCACUUCUGGCGCUGUCGACCUUGUCGGAAAGGCCCAGGGACUGGACGUCUACGAGGUCCCCACUGGCUGGAAGUUCUUCUGCGCCCUGUUUGAUGCCAAGAAGCUCUCCAUCUGUGGCGAAGAGAGUUUCGGUACUGGCAGCGACCACAUCCGUGAGAAGGAUGGUCUCUGGGCUGUCAUUGCCUGGCUCAACAUCAUUGCCGGUAUCGGUGUCGAGAAGCCCGGUGUAACACCCUCCAUUAAGGAGAUCCAGAAGGAAUUCUGGACCAAGUAUGGCCGCACCUUCUUCACACGCUACGAUUACGAGAACGUGGACUCGGAUGGUGCCAACAAGGUUGUCAGUGAACUCCAGGACCGCGUUGCCGACUCCAACUUUGUUGGCAGCAAGAUCGGCGAACGCACUGUCACGGACGCUGGCAACUUUUCCUACACCGAUCUCGACGGUUCCGUCGCCUCCAACCAGGGCUUGUACGCGCGUUUCUCCUCGGGCAGCCGUAUCGUUGUCCGCCUCUCCGGCACCGGCUCAUCAGGCGCUACUAUUCGGUUGUACAUUGAGCAGCACAGCAGUGACCCCGCGACCUACGAGCAGGAUGCGCAGGACUUCCUCAAGGCCGAGGUCAAGUUUGCGAUCGAGUUGCUCAAGUUCAAGGAGCAUGUUGGUCGUGACGAGCCUGAUGUCAAGACAUAA